GAGCAGGUGCUGCGGGUGUGAUCAACGCUGGUAUCAAUGGAAGAUCAAGACAAAGCACGAACCUCCGAGAAUCAGCUCGAAGAAGAACAAUUGGACGAAGGAGAAAAUGUUGUGACGUUUCUCGAUUCAAUGGAUGCAUACUUAACCCUAAUCGAUUCUCUGUCUUCCACGCUUCGUCAGGGAUGGUUGGAAUUGGCCAGUGCUCGACAUUCAAUGGGUGCUUCACGCAUCAGCAGUUCUUUGUUUGACCUCAAACUUCACUCUGCUGCUACAUCAUUGCGCGUGACUGAAGAUGAUGUCGACUCCAAGAUGAAUCAACCUCAUUUUACAUUAUGCAAAUGGGCAUCCUCCGAUAAUGGAAAGUGCUGCUCUGGGGAAGCAAAAUUUGAUGGGGAUGAGCUGCAGAAGAAAUCUGUUAGCCCGCAGCUAAGAUAUCGCGGAACCUCCCAGUUGGAUGAACCACAAGAAAUUCAGGAGAAAAGCCCAACCUGUAAAAGCCCUACCAGUAAUGGAUCCCCACUUUCACUUGACAGCCCAGUUCAGAAACAGCGACACAAAUCACUUUCAGUGUUUGGAACAUUGGUUUCUCCAAAGCUUCGUGCUGCCCAGUUUUCAUUCGAGACAGUUCAAUCUUCAUGCAGCCCUAGAGACGAUAGUAGAAAUAGCAAACAUGCGAUCUUCAAUGCUAUCUGCUUUUGAUCAAGUUCAGAAAGAUAUAGAAAGCAUAAGCACGGGGGAGCAAUGAAAAGUAGUUUUUUUCAGGUAUAACCCAGAUUCCUUGAAUGGCCACAACAGUUUUAACAUCCAAUCCUUGGUUUGGUACUUUGGUAUCAGCCUGGAGCCUCACUUUGGUAAGCGGUAAAUGUGCUUUGGAGCUCAAAAUGGAAAGAGAAAAGUAGAAAGAAAGAAGGGAUCCUGAAUUGAACUAGGGGAGAUUUGCAUGGUGUAAUUUUUUAUUUUCUUGUGAAUCAAUUAAUUUAUUAGGAAAAAAAAAAUGAAUGGUUCUACAGCCAUUCUUGGUGCUUAUUUUUUUCUAACGUUUGUUAUAAAAUUAGUUGGGAGUAGCUUGUCUAUUAAAUGCUACAUGGUUAAAGCCCGUUUGGGAUUUUAUUUUAGGGCAUUGGAAUCAUUUUUACAA